AUGAAGGCCAACAGGAUGGAAAAUGAAACAUCAGGUGGGUACCAGCCAGAUGACCGAGACCUUAUAUGUAGUAUUUUGGCUGUUGAAUUAAUGCUGGAUUCCAAAAUUGUGGCAUUGGUGCGAGGGCUCUGUGUCCUACUAAUAUCAUUGGGAGCUAUUGCCCAGAAGGCUGGAACAUCCUGUGCCCGGUGCCCAAAGAAUGCUCACUGUGUCAAUGCCACUGCCUGCCUCUGUGACCCUGGAUUCACCUCGUUAUCUGGAAAGGCCAUCUUUAGCAAUGCUUUGGAGCUCUGUACAGAUAUCAAUGAGUGUGGCUCUCCCAUCUACAUGUCUUGUGGAAGCCUGGCAGACUGUCACAAUGUGGAGGGGAGCUACUACUGCAAGUGCACCUCUGGGUAUGAGCUCCUUUCAGGGGAAACAAAAUUCAAAAGUGAGAAAGAGAACACUUGUCAAGAAACCUUCUUCUCCCCAUUGACACCAUCUCCUGGCAUCAACAGCCAGAGUCUCUCACGCUUCUUUGACAAAGUCCAGCAGUUUUCCCAAAACUUCACACCAGCCUUGACCAAGAACACCAUGCAGGACCUCAUGCAGGAGGUGGAUGAGCUACUGGGGACCCUAGGAGACCUGGAGACUCUAACCCGCUCACAGCAGCACUGUGUGGCCACUCACCUGCUGGCUGGCCUGGAGGAUGUCCUGAGAGGACUGAGCAAGACCCUGCCUGAUUGGCUGUUGACCUUCAAUUACUCUGCAAGCACAGAACUCUUCCUGAAGGUACAGAAGCAAGGACACUGGGAUGUCACCUUGAGCCAGAGUCAUGCAAAGAUGCAGCUGCACUGGGAAUCAACAUUGUUAAAAUUUUAUGGGGAAGAGGAUCCAGUGCUGACCAUCAUCACCUACAUGGGGUUGAGCCUCUCUCUGCUGUGUCUCCUCCUUGAAGCCCUCACCUUCCUCCUGUGCAAGCCCAUCCAGAACACCAGCACCUCCCUGCACCUGCAGCUCUCCAUCUGCCUCUUCCUGGCCCACUUCCUCUUCCUCACAGCAAUUGAUCAAACCAAACCCAAGGUGCUGUGCACCAUCAUCACGGGUGCCCUACACUAUCUCUACCUGGCCUCCUUCACCUGGAUGCUGCCGGAAGGCCUGCACCUCUUCCUCACUGUGCGGAACCUGAUGGUGGUCAGCUACUCCAGUAGGAGCAGAAUCAUGAGGAGGCUCAUGUUUCCUGUGAGAUACGGAGUCCCAGCUGUGAUUGUGGCCAUUUCUGCAGCAUCCAGUCCUCACCUUUAUGGAACACCUGCCCAGUGCUGGCUUCACACACACAAAGGAUUUAUAUGGACCUUCCUGCCCAUCUGUGCCAUCUUCUCUAUUAAUUUGGUUUUGUUUCUGAUGACCUUGUGGAUUUUGAAAAACAAGCUCUCCUCACUCAACAGUGAUGUGUCCACCCUUCAGAACACAAGGAUGCUGACAUUUAAAGCGACAGCUCAGCUCUUCAUCCUGGGCUGCACGUGGUGUCUGGGCAUUCUGCAGGUGGGUCCAGUGGCCCAGGUGAUGGCCUACCUCUUCACCAUCAUCAACACGCUACAGGGUGUCUUCAUCUUCCUGGUCUACUGCCUCCUCAGCCAGCAGGUCUGGGACCAGUACAGGACAUGGUUCAAGAAGAUCAGGAAAUUGAGACCUGAAGCUGAGACGUACACAUUCUCCAGCAGGGCUAUUUCUGACACGUCCUAACCCAGCACGGUAAGAUCAUGCAUUUCUCCCUGA